AUGGCGGAAAUCUACGACACCGACCGGUUCGCGCAACUGUAUUAUCCUUCAAAUACAGCGGACCUCCUCCAGCUCGGCCUUGCGGCUAGAUUCAUAGCCAGCUUAUUCGAGGCCCACCGGAUCACGUAUGCCUUUAUUGGAGGGUGGGCGGUGUAUCUAAGAGGGGGUCGGCGGAGGACGCAAGAUAUUGAUAUCACCGUUGCUACGACGAUGGACCAUUUGAAACAGAUUCUGACCGCGUCAUCCCGAAUACAUUUCCCUCUCACCCACGGCCGGACAUCCGUCCAAGUCUUCAUCGACACGGGACGGAGCGUGGAUGGCGAGUUCCCUCACGUCCCGGACUUGGCGGUCAGCAUGGAUAUAGUGAUCAGUGGGCCAUCCUUAGGACACUUGGGGACGCCGGAGGAUCUACAAUCCUCGCGCGAACCCAUUAACCCACAUAGACCCACGCCUUUGGGAUCACCGGUGUUGGUGUUGGGUCUGGUUUUUCAAAUAUAUGCCAAGUUAGACGCGUUCUUUCGGCGAGGCGAACAGGGGAGUAAAGACUUUUUGGAUCUGGAAUUCUUGCUCACGCAAUAUGCGGCGCAGAUCCCCACGUUUCGGGAUUAUUAUGAUUUGGAGCAACGGAGGUAUUUUUGGAAUCAAUAUGCGGAGGCGUAUUUGGCGUUUCCUGAUCAGGUUGAGAAUAUGAGACUACUAUUAGGCGUCUGA